AUGAUGACAAGUAUAGAUACUUUAUCAAAAGAAAAUGAUCUGUAUGCAAAAGAUCUUAAAAAAGCCAACCUAGACCUUCUGGAACUGCGAGAAAAACAACACAUAGUCAAGAAAGAAGUCAAGAAUCUCAAAACUGAUGUAAAUAAUUUCAAAAAACAAGUAGCAGAAACUACUGAAAACAUCAAACUGAUUCAAGAAAAGGUUGAUAGUCUUGAAGCAACACCCCAUCAAUUAGCAACAGCAAAUAUAAGUGAAGAAAUUGAGAAUAUGAUUACUGAAAUGGAGGAAAGAAAGCUCAGAUUAAAAAAUGUUAUUAUAUUAAAUAUUAAUGAGUCAAUAAAGGCAAACAGAAUUGAACGAAGUUUGGAUGAAAAGCAAACAGUACCUACUGAAAUUAUUGGAAAAUAUUAA